AUGUUCGAGUUUGUCCCCCGCAAAGUCGCGUUGAAGUCCCAAAAGGCUGCUAGCCGUCCCCAAGCCUCGUCAUAUGCCGGUCCCUCGACUCUACCCCAAGCCUUGGACAUCCACACCGACUCCCUAGACGUCAAAGGGAAAGGAAAGAGCGCCGGGAGUGCCAAGGAUGACGACUUCGCCGUGCUUCUUUGUCUCUCGCUCUCGGAUCACAGCCUGUGGUCCAAUGUUGACCUCCGAAUGGCUGUAACAAACGCGGACGACGGAUGGAUACCCCUCAGCUAUCUGAUCGGUCACUCCGCGCACUUUCUUCACCUCUCGACGCGUCCGCCGGAAGCCGCUCUGGCUAGAGCUGCGCGCACACAUGCAGUUGACCUGCUGGAGGUACGCAUGCUCGUCAGUAAGCCGGAGAAGGCCGCGUGGUAUGGGAAGGACGCGUCAUGGAAAGAAGAUACGGGGGGAUUUGAAGUCCGAAGGAAAGACUGGGACGAUGCGCUCAAGCGCGCGCGGAACUCGAACAGAAGCGAAUGGGAGGCCUGUACGGUGUAUAUCGAAGGCAUACCGCUGUCCCACCGCAGCGUCUCCAGCAUCUAUCGCUUUGCAUCGCACUUGGUCGUCUCUGACGUGAAUAUGAGCACCCGAGUUCAACAAAUCACCCUGCCUCCACAUCACCUUGAUCGCCCCGGGGACGCGCCGAAGUGCAAAGGGUUCGCGCUCGUCACUUUGGCCGGAGCGGACGACGCAUCUAGACUCGCAACCACAUGGCCUUGGCACCCUCGGCGGACGGUUCCCCCAGACGACCUCGCACAGUCGCUUCUGACCCUGGAUGCGGUCAAGUUUGGAUUCCGAUGUCUCGCAAAGGCGCGCUGGGAGAUGCUCAAGGAGGAAUAUGUGACUUACCGCCAACAGCUACUCAACGAGAUGACCCCGGCGGGGAGAGGUUCCACCCCCAAUCCAUCUUUAGUGGUGUAUACCGAGGAUGAGCGCAGCGAUGGCGGCGCCAAUGGACGGAGACCCGCGGAUGGCUGGGACUCGGCCCCCACUACGAACGGGAGCACAUUCGGACCCUCUUCACCUUUCCCUCUCGGCUGCGUUGUCUUCGUGCGGAACGUGCACCCCGAGACGAACAAGACGGCUCUGAAAGCCCUCUUCUCAUUGCGCGCUUUCAAGGACUCCCCGUCGGCGCUCGACUACAUUGAUUACAAUAAAGGGAUGCUGUCGUGUCACCUACGGCUUGCCAGCCCGCAAUACGCGCGCACGCUUGUAGAUGUGAUAUCGGCACGUCCUCCGUUGCAGAGUACCGGUCUCGACGCGAUCGGUACCGGAGCCCCGAACGGGUCACAAAAGCCAAUAGAGGUGGAACUGGUGGCGGGUGAGCGCGAGUCGUUGUACUGGGAGAGAGUGCCCGAGAAGGUGCGACGGGAUGCGGUGCGGCGGGCGAUCAUGCACCUCGAGGGUGGUGACGCAGGGGCGGAUGAUGGUGACGAGGACUCCAACCGGGAUGAAGGGACGAAGCGAGCACGGAAGCGUCGACGACGAGCAUAA